AUGUCAGCUGCACCGUCUCCUCCACAUGACUUUGAGCCUGGACUUGAGCCCGACUUUGUCCCUGAUGAUCAGCCUGUUGAUGUACCUGCUGAUCCUGAGCCGAUACCUGCUCUUGAGACUUUGCCUGAUCAUGAUCCUAUCCUAUUUGGCUUACCUGACAUUGCACCACUCAUACCUGAUCCAGUUCCUGCACCCGCUGACCCUCCUGUUAUCGAGCCAGUCACUCCCCCACUAGCACCUUCACCUGUUGAUGUUGCUCCUUUUCACCCAGUAGAGUCUGAUGUACACCGUGUCAACCUGCCUAUUGUUUUCUUGCAGGAUAUACCCGCACCCCAUCCAGGGGAAGGCACAUCUAGCCAGUAG